AUGGAUGGUAUUAGCAUGCAUCUUUUCCCGCGGGAUCUCAACGCUGUAUACAUGGGACACAAGCUCGAUUCGUCAUUGAAGCAGUAUAUAGACAUCUCGGUCGAAGAACGAAGGGCCAUAGUGAGUGGCCAGAUGGAUGACAGGAUUUCGUACUGGACCAAGUUGCACUCGCCACCUGCUGAAAUCCUACCACUCUUCCCAUUCGCUCGUGUCAAGUCACCGCCUAUUCCCAAGACUUAUCGUAACGUCGAGUCUCUCAUCGACAUUGGCAAUCACCUCUCGGGGCAGAUAAAGCGGGCAAGUCAAUCUCUACGCAUCACGCCUUUUUACUUCUACCUUGCCGCACUGCAAACACUCUUUAACAGGCUUCUGGAUGUGGAAGACAUCUGUAUCGGCGUUGCGGAUGCGAAUCGCAGUGAAAGUAGCUUACAAACCAUCGGCUUCUUCUUGAAAUUGCUAUCCCUUCGCUUCAACGUCCAGAAGAAUGUGAAGUUCUCAGAUCUUGUCGCAAAGACAGCCCAACACUGUCGAACAGCACAAGCCAACAUGAGAGUUCCUUUUGACGGCAUCCUGGACAAAGCAAAUGUUGUUCGCGAGCCAAUUAAUACCCCAAUCUUCCAAGUGGCCAUGAACUAUCGACAAGGAAACUUCUCCAAGAUCCCACUUGGUGGAAGAAAUCUUGAGUUCAAGGAUGGCAUUGAUGCUCAAAGUCCUUACGAUCUUGCAUUCAGUAUUACGCCUAACAACGACACGACUUAUGUUCAAAUUGUUGCAAGAGAGGAUCUGUAUACAAGAGAAGGGACCGACACCCUCUUAUCAGCAUACAUGGCACUACUGCACGAUGCAUCGGGAGAUGUGAGCAAGUGCCUGGGAAGCAUCAACCUUUACGAUCAAGUCGGCAUCGACAAGGCACUAUCGCUUGGGUACGGGGAUGUCGUGGACUACGAUUGGCCCUCGACGCUAACAGAAAAGGUGGACGAGACUAUCAAGAGGUACCCUCAUGAUGUCGCUGUCAAAGAUGGUACUAGUCAACUGAUCUACGGAGAGGUUGCCGCCAAGGUCAACGGUCUUGCCUCUAUCAUCCAGUCUCAAGUCCGGCCUGGUUCACCGGUGGCUGUUCUCUGUGAGCCGACCGCAUCUUGA